AUGCCGAACAAGGGUGGAUUGAGAAACCACCGCCAAGCCGUGCUGUGCUUGCCGCUCGUUGCGCCUGUCGCCGUCAAACGCCGUCAAAAGGACUUCCUAAAGCUACCGGCCAUGGCGGUGCAUCGCGGCUCCAGUCGCGGUCUCUUGGCGCUCGUCGCGGCGAUCGCAUGCUUCUGCUGCCUGCCGCGCACGUCGCUCGCACAGCCCAUCGCUGAAUCGCAAGGCGAGGUGCUGCAGGAGUUGCAAACGAGUUGGAGCUUAAACUUUGGAGGCUGGCAGGCGGGGAGCGACUGCACGCAAGCGCAAGGCCUCACAUGCGACUCAGACGGCAUGAUCACCUCCAUGCGCUUCAACACGUCGCUUGUGGUGUACUUUCCUCUCCCCUCCGUCACCCGGCUCUCGCGCCUCACCCAGCUGGAGUUCUCACAAGUGGACCAUAUCCCAUGGGGGUCCCUCUAUAACAUCACGUGGCUCGAGUCCCUGGUGGUGGAUUGCUUGCCGUCCAUGACAAACAGCAUCCCAGACGGGGUGGCCAACCUCACUCAGCUCACCAGGCUAAGAAUCAGCGACUGUGGUUUUGAAAAUCAGCUCAACAGGUUAUCUCGCCUCUCCCAUCUUUCUGAACUAGAGGUGCCAUCAAACGGCAUAACGUCCAUGUGGGAUAUCAGCCCCACCAACUUCCCCACACUCGUGAAAUUGAAUCUGAGUUCCAACCCACUCAGGACGUACGACCUCAUCAAGAACCUCCCUCGUCUCUCCGGCCUCACAACUCUCGAUCUCUCGUCCAACCAGUUGGAGGGAGACAAAGUGCUGCCCAACAUCACACUGCCCACCUUGCAAUUCUUUGCCAUUGCACCUGCCAUUGCACCUGUCAUUGCACCUGCCAUUGCACCUGUCAUUGCACCUGCCAUUGCACCUGUCAUUGCACCUGCCAUUGCACCUGUCAUUGCACCUGCCAUUGCACCUGUCAUUGCACCUGCCAUUGCACCUGUCAUUGCACCUGCCCCCGUUUCUUUGUAUGCAGAUCACCACAUGCACCUCUCAACCCUAGACACCAAUAGCAGCGGUCUCACGUGCCCUGGCAGCUACACCAGCUGCGGUGUGCCUCAGAAUGCGUCUUCUGCCUUCUGCCGCACCUGCCCUGACUUCUGUGCCACAUGUGACAAGCGCAAGCCACUCCCCUGGUGGGCUAUUGCGGGAAUCGUAGCUGGUGUUGUUCUCAUUGUGGCGCUUGCUGUACUGCUCUACUUCUACUGCUUCACCAACCGUGCGUCCCGUACCGUUCCACCUCACACUGCCCUGCCCUUGCUUCUGGCAUGGCACAGCACCAACAAGUCAUGUGGUUGCCCUCGUUCUAAAUCUCCUCAUUGCCUCUAUGAUUGCCCUUCCACUUCCAUUCACCCCCUUCCUUGCUGGUCCCUUUGCCACCAAUUUCUCGCCUCACCUCUUGCCCUAAUGAGAAUUCUCAAGAGUUUUCUCUGCAGUCUUGCUGGGCACCAAUGGGUCUCUCAGAUGGAUUUCCAGUAG